AAGAAGACUAGGCAAGCAUUGUAACCCUCCAUCACUGAGCUACUCUCCACUCCAACUGUUGGUUUAGGAAAUGCAAAGAUGCAUGGAUCUACUCACUGCCCUGUUUAGUGUAUUUUCCAGAUAUGCUCUCAGCCCAGCCCAAAUAGGACUCCUGUCAGGUAGUCCAUUGACCUUGAGACACUGAGCCAGACCCUGGUGAGCAGAGCCUUCAGCAAAAGGCCACAUGACCUUUUGGUGCUUGGAGUGGGAAGGGUCAGGAGGAUCCUACAACCUGAGUGACUAUUUCACCCCAGGACUCAGCCUCAGCCCUCUUUUACAUAUACUGGACCAUGUACUGUAGCUGCUUGGCCGAGGGCAUCUCAGCUACACCUGGCAACUACUGGAUCUCAGGCUCCCGGCAGAUUCAGCUGUGGCACUUCAUCCUGGAGCUGCUGCAAAAGGAAGAGUUCCGCCAUGUCAUCGCCUGGCAGCAGGGAGAGUAUGGGGAGUUUGUCAUCAAGGAUCCAGAUGAGGUGGCCCGCCUCUGGGGCCGCAGGAAAUGCAAACCACAGAUGAAUUAUGACAAGCUCAGCCGGGCCCUCAGGUAUUACUACAACAAAAGGAUCCUGCACAAGACCAAAGGCAAAAGGUUCACUUACAAGUUCAACUUCAGCAAGCUCAUUGUAGUCAACUAUCCUGCAUGGGAGGUGCAGGCACCAUCCUUCCCCUGCCUGCUGCUGGGGGCCCCUGCCCAGUGUCGACCAACUCUUGUGCCCAUGGGUAUGCAGAGUGAGCUCCUGCCCAGCAUGCUGUUCACUCAUCAGGCCAUUGCAGAGCAGCUGGCCAGACAGCGGACCCCCCAGAAGUCCCCAGAUGUCUCUGAGGAAAAGAAGGGGAGCAGCAGCAGUCACUACCGACUCGGCUCUGCCCCCAGUUCCUCCUGGCUGAGGACAUGCUGCCAUCUCGGGGGCCUCCAAACCCAGCUGCCCAGUUUCGCCUCCUUCGUCCCUGCCCUCUCACCUCUUCCCUCCCCCUGGGCCCGCGUGUCAGGGUCCUUGCUGCCUCCUCUUCCUGCAGAACAACAGCUCCUCCAAGCCCGCCACCCUGCUUCGAGUGCCUGGGUGUCCCCCAGGGCCCCAGCAAGCUCCAGGGCUCCCCUUGAUGGCCAGGCUGGGACAAGGUAUGGAUGAGAGCCUUCUGGUGCCAUUGCUCAGGUCUGGGGGGCUGGAGGGUAAGCCUGACCAAUGGUUGGGGUAAAAGGGUAUCUGGAACCCAGGGAGACCUUAUGUCCAGAGGUUCAGACUGGAACUUGUGGAGAGCCCUGUGUCCCCCACCCUGGAUCCUCCUUAGCUGGAGCAGAAGAUGGAGGGGCCUCCAAACUCCAUCCCCU